AUGUUGGUUAUUAAAGGUCUGGCUACGGCCAUUGCGCUGGCAUCUACGGCAACAGCUUUCUUCCCUUGGUUCCCCGACUAUCUUUGUGUUGAAGAUCAUACUUGCGUUGCAGAGCGUGCUGUGGAUGAUCGGGGAUUGGUAGCAGCAACCCUCAAACUCGUGCAGCGGAUACCAAAGAAUGAUUUGCCUCAUGAUAUGCAAAUACAACGCCUCGCUGAGCGGUUGACGAGAAAAUACCAGCGUGGUACUCCAGCUCGGCGCUUUGAGAUGCUGGAGCGGGAUGGUGUUGCCAAAAGGACUAAUACCUACAAUAUCAUGCCAGCCGCCACUCCCACACAAGCGAUGAGUGCUCCAAUCGAUCAAGACGGCACGGAUUUCUCAUACUUCACUGAGGUGACCUUGGGAUCAAGUAAAACUCUUCUCUACAUGCUUCUGGAUACCGGAGCUGCCACAACUUGGGUGAUGGGAAAGUCAUGUACUUCAGGACCUUGCAAAGUUCACAACACAUUCGAUCCAACAUCGUCAACUUCAUUCAAAGAUAUUGGCAAGACGUUUAACAUCUCUUAUGGUUCUGGACAAGUGGGUGGAAGAUUAGGGACGGACACCAUUUCCUUAGCUGGCAUGAGCUUCCCUAUGACUUUGGGAGUUGCUGACAUGACCUCUGAUGACUUCAACUCUUUUCCGAUUGAUGGUAUCCUUGGCCUGUCACAGUCCAGAGGCGACUAUCCCAUCUUCCUCGAGACCCUAGUCGAAUCGAAGAGCCUGAAAUCGAACAUCUUUGGUGUCAGCCUAAACCGAGCCGCGGACGGAACCAACACUGGUGAGAUCAAUUUUGGAGAACCAAAUACCUCAAAAUACAGCGGCAGUCUGAACUACAACGAUGUCUCGAAAGAUGCUGGUGGCGAUUGGGCUAUUUCGCUAGGCAAUGUUGGAGUGGGAAGUACACAGGCAAACAUCAAGGGGAAGUUAGCUUUCAUCGACACGGGGACCUCUUUCAUAUUCUGUCCUCCCGAAGACGCGAAAGUCUUCUACGCCUUGGUUUCUGGUGCCGAGACGACAAAUAAUGUUACUUACACUGUUCCGUGCACUACUACAACCGCUUUGACGUUUACAUUCGGAUCUAUCACAUAUAAUGUCGACUCCAAGGACUGGGUCUCACCUAUGGCCAAUGGAGUAUGUACAGGCAAUAUCUACGGCCAAGCCGUGACUCCUGGGAACUGGCUGUUAGGAGACACUUUUCUGAAGAAUGUUUACAGUGUUUUUGAUGCAGACAAGGAUAGACUUGGAUUCGCACAGAAGAACCCGGUAGCUGCUGUAGUAUCUUCCACGGCAACGCCAUCGUUUUCCUCCGCUACAUCUACUGGAACCACUUCUGCCACUGGUACCGAAUCGUCCACUGCCCCAAAAUCUGCUUCCACUACAAGUCCAAAUUCUUCCAGUGUGAGCUCCAGUGCCGCAGCUCCACUUUCUCCGGGACUCAACGGUCAUGAGACUUCUGGCACUGAUCCUGCUGCUGCCCAAACACAGUCGACUACGUCUGCGACCCCUACGCCAAAAUCAGAUGCUAGACAGCUGCUUUCGACCCUUCUGCCAGCUAUAUUUGCCUUCAUACUCGUAACUUUAAUAACCUGA